AUGGAAAUUAUAAAGCAAAGAUUGGAGGAUGGGAUAAAUGAAAAGAUUAAUGUUAAUACAAAUGGAAUUGGAAGCAGAAGGGGAAGUUGGAAAGUUAUUGAAGUUAUUGACAGAGAAGCUAUUGCGGCACCUCAGCAUAAUCAUCCUUGUCAGAUCAAAGUAACAUUGGAGGAAUUAUAG